CCUGCGCGCCUACCAGCAGCUGCUGCAGAGCUACCGCGUCGUCGGCCUCGACACCAUGGCCACAGACUUUGGCGUCACGGUCGAUUUCCUCGAUCGUGACCUCGCCCGCUUCAUCGCCGCCGGCCGCAUCCCCUGCACGAUCGACCGCGUCUCCGGCAAGGGCGUCAUCGAGACGAACCGACCCGACGACAAGAACAAGCAGUACCAGGACGUCGUCCGCCAGGGUGACCAGCUUAUCACCAAGCUGCAAAAGUACGGCCAGGCCGUGCGCCUCAGGGGAAGCGAGAGGGCAUAGACAAGAAGGGUGCCGCAGGCGGGGG